CUUCUCAAAAGAAAAAACCCAUUUUCAAUACAAUAGACAGCACAGCACAUACCAAUCGACCCCCUUCAGCGUUUUCUUGCUCGCCAGUCCCACAAAUCGCAAACUCGGUCCAAAAUCGAGCUCAGAUCGUGGCAGCGUCAACCUUUACUCUCUCCCUUGUCCUUUUCGUAAGCCAAUCGUACAAACGAGACAGGUGUUGCGAUCUUGAUACUUCAAUCGUCCUUCUCAAGAGAUUAAGCCUUCUAAAUCAAUUUUCCGUUGGAACUAGUCUUAUUUUCAAAUUACUCACAGUCCCGCAUCGACUCUAGGCUGUGAUUUUCACAUUUCUCAACUCCUAUAAGUAGGCCCUCUUCUUCAAUGUUCAAUUUUUGGAGACUAAAGAGUACCCUAAAGGUUUUGGGAAUUCUUGGUUCCAUAGUUUAAAAUUUUGUGGCUGUUCGAGUUUAGAGAGGGGGUGGAAUCGUCUCCAUUAAACUCGUCAUCCGGUUUGCUGCCCUCAACCAGUUAACUUAUAUAUCUCCAUGCCAAGAAGAAGAGGAAGACCUCGCAAAACAACUGAAGUUGUAAAGGAUGCUAAUGAAGAACAACAUCAAGUGAAAAUGGAAGAUGAUAUAUUCAAGCAAGAAGCUGAACGUCAAAGUGCUGCUAUGAGGGCUAUUCGUGAUGUGGAGAUUGAACACUUAAAAGAUAUGUUGCAAUUGCUGCGAUCAAAUUUUAGUAAUGAACAGCUGCAAGUUCCAGUAAUGCAAUUUUUUGAGGAAAAAUUUCCAAACCUGGCUAUUGUAAGAAAUGAGAAAAAUGGCCAGUAUGAAGUGCAAAGGAAAGACAAUGCUGUUAAUUUAAGCAUGGACCAAUUUGAUGGAAGGAAUCUACAUGCUUCUCUUCUUAAUAACCUGUCCAUGGUGUACCCUGAUUGCUCCAGUGCCAUGCCGUCACUUGGUGGAUUUGAAUUCUCAAAUAAAUCUGUAAAAACAUCAUGCUAUGGUGUCGAAAACCUCCAGAUCAAGGGAUUUGUCUUGGAAGAGCCAUCUGACUCCCAAAUGCUUGAUUUGCCAGAUACUCUUCAGACUCCUGGUGCAUAUAAUAACAGAUUAUCUGUUGGGAUGACUCCCAAAACUUUAAGGCUGCCUAAACCUGGGGAAAUGCUUCUAUCUGUCCACGGCUCUCCUCUCGGUGUUUACAAGGAAGACAAUAUGGAAGCGAUACAUGAGUCUGGAGAGUGAAGAUGGAUGAAUUGACUCAAAGUAAUUUGUUAGCGGAGGGAUAGACAAUACAUUUUCUCUGAUGUAAUAAUUUUUGAGACUUAUCAUCAAACUUAACCCAUAAUCUUACUUUUGUUGAGAGUUCAUAGAACACUUUGCCAGCCUCCUUUUAGUUCCAGUCCCUUUUCUCUAUUUCCUUCCCCCUUCCCUUUGUUAUGCCUGGGGGGCGGGGGGUUCUGACCUAUUUUCUAUAGAUUAUGAAGCUGGAAAAUUACUAUCUUUGUACAUAAUUUGUAAGGGUGACAAGAUUUUUAGUGAUUAGAGAUGGUCAAGUUCUUAA